AUAUAUAUAUAUAUAUAUAUAUAUAGCAUUCCAAUCUGUUAAGAUGUUAGUUGAUACUUUGAUAGAAGGAAUCAAUGUACUGAAACUUAUUGGUGAAGACAGCAAACAACAAGAAGGGAAACAAAAAUUGUUAGUGGUGGCCGACUUACCAAAUAGGGGAAGAGGUUAUAUUGCCAACAAAGAUAUACCUGCUGGUACUCUUAUCCAUGUUGCUCAGCCUUUAUCAACAGCUGUCAGUCAAGAAUGGUUACCUGAAACUUGUAUUGGUUGUUUUGACUUUACCUAUCCGAAACGUAUGAAGAUCAAACUUUUGUCAUCAACAGAAGAUACAUUGUCCUUGUUACAUUGGUGGCAGCAACAACUACCUCUAAAAAAGAAACAGUACAAUAAUAAAUCAACUCUCAUUCCACUUCGACAUGGCGCCUUUUGUACUGACCAAUGUAAGCAACACUAUUUAUCCACUUGUACCAAGGAAGAAUGGUAUACCUGGCUCACUUGUAUGUAUCGUUUAGAACACUAUCAACCUCAAGACACUCUUCUUUCUCAACCGACUUUGUCUUCUGGAAAUAUGAACGACUUUACUCAAGAGGAUGCUUACGACAUUACUGAUGAUCAACAGUUAAGAAUCUAUUUGAACAAAGUAUGGAGUCUGGCGACAGUUCAACCUUAUUUGGUAACCAAUGAUAUUGACGAUGAUGAUCUUACUAUGUGUCGAUUUAUGGCAUCUUGUUUGGUGAAACGAAAAACGGAACUCAUUACCAAUAGUACAAGUGCACCUGGUUUUGAGGCUAUUUGGGAAAUGCAAGACAAUGAAUUGGCUUAUUUCAGACAUACUUAUUAUCAACAAUCAUUAUCAUUAUCAACAGUACUAUGGUUGCGCAAUUGGCAAAACGAUCUACCUGAUGCUAUCAAGCAAACUAUUCAAUUAUAUCUCCAUUUCAUGACAGCUAUGACUAGUCCAAUAAAGCUUUCCUCCAAAGGUGUGAAUCAAGACAUACCCGUAGUCCUUGGCAAGAAUGAAAUGACACCUAGUCUUUUCCGUGCAAUCUAUUAUCGUGAAAUGGCCAACAGUUUUGGAUUAUGGGAACAACAAUCUAUCAGUAAGGAUGCAUCAGUAGUUACGGACGAUCUGGAAUUACUUGGGUUUGGAAUAUAUCCAUCGGCAGUAUACUUUAAUCAUUCAUGUGACGCAAAUGCCAUCAAGCUUCGACAUGGAAGACAAAUGCAAUUUUAUACCAAGCAAGCUAUCUCUCAAGGCGAAGAAGUAUGUAUUUCUUAUGGGGAUGUGGAUGCUUCAUUAUUAGAACGACAACAACGACUAUUAGAUCAUUACUAUUUUCUGUGCUCUUGCCCUCGAUGUGUUAUGGAACAACAAGAACUUGGAAAUGACAACAGCAACACCAUCAAGCAAUAGACAAAAGCAAAAAAAAAAAAUAGUACUCACAUUGUAAUUUAUUAUUAUCAAGAUCAUCUAUAUAUAGAAUUCAUUAUAGAAUGUAUUAUUAUCUUUAUCAGCAUCAACCAUCAUCAUCAACUAUCAUCAUCAAUAACGAUACUUUAUUACGGACUCCACGGGUUGGAUCAGCAGGAUAUAGAAAUCAUGGCGAAAUGGUAUCUCUAUAUACUUCUUUGAUUGGUGUUAUUAUAGUUUAGUAUUUUGGUCUUAUUUUCCCUUUUUUUUUUUUUUUUUUUUUUU